CACAAGGCACUGGUGCAUGUUUUUCAUUAUUGUACGAAUACGUCAUCACAUAAGUUGUGGUUAUAUUUAUAUACUUAUAAGUAUAUACGUUUUACUAUAAGUUACGGAUCUCAAACUCCCUAUUCCCUUUAUACGAGUGGCUCAGCUUCUCAGCGAGCGGGAGUAGGCAGUACGAAGGAACGAGUUAUCUCCGUAGAUCAAUACUUCAUGUGACAUUCCACGGGAUAGUGUGCAAGCUGUAUCACUGCACAUUUGGUAGCCAGCCUCCAUUGCUGAGAUGAUGAGGUUAAAGAGAUUGGGAUGCGGGUGCCAGAUCGUGGCGGCUGCGGUGUUCGUCUUCAGUGUGAUCUGGUUGCUUCUAUCGCGCAGUACAUCCAGCAAUACGAGCGUCAGGGCUAUUAGCGACAUUGUGCAAGAUCUCAAUAGGCAGAUAGCGAAUAAGGCAGGAUGUGUCUGGUUUGCCCCCGCUCAAAGUGCCAAUGUGACUCCAACUGACUUCAUUCCUAUGGUUGACAAAUCGCUCAAGUUCCCCACGGUCUAUCCCAUGAUUAAUGCAAAGAAAUGCAUAUCGCGAAGCAGAUCAAUAUGCAAACUGUUAACAUACCGUUCACCUACUGCUGAACAAAGGCAUGGAUUCCUAGACUUGCUUCACGUAGUGGAUAACGUCAGUCGGCGUAUGCAUUGGACCUACUUCAUUGCCUGGGGGACGUUAUUAGGAAGCUGGAGACACCACGGAUUAAUCCCGUGGGAUCGCGACGUGGACAUAUUCAUGGACUUAAGCCACAGGGAUGAAUUAUUACGCGUCUUCUCUGGUAGUGAUUACACAGCGAAGAAAAUGUACCAGCCGAAUUAUCUUAUUAAAUUCCAUAAUAUCUUUGCUACGGAGUUAUGGGAGGCGAGUGAUAUUGGCCGGAUGAAGUGGCCAUAUUUGGAUAUAUUCUUCUAUACUGGCAAUGUAACGCAUAUCUGGGACAUAGACCCAUGGAGGCGGUCUCUCUUCACGUUCCGUCGCUCAGAUAUCUUUCCGCUACAUAAGAGACCAUUUGAAGGCUUAGAAUUCCCCGCUCCUAAGGAAUCGCUCAUGAUAUUACAAAAGACUUAUGGCACGAAUGGAGUUUGUAAAGGUUCCACUGCACAAGUCCAGUGUUCCCAAUUACAGCCUUAUAUCCCCUUUGUUCACAGGAAGUACGUGAAUAAUUCGAUGGAGGAGACUUUAAUAUUUAAUGGUAAGGUUUUGAGUACGAAGCGGAUUGGUGAAAAGAAAGAGGAUUUGACUGAGGUUUAUAAUCUAAAGAGAAAGUAGGUAGUUGGUAAAACCUGGACACAGAUUUGGACGCUGGACGCUUAGUUUUGUAUCAUUGGAUUGGACUGCCUGGAUUACAUGAACCUCGCCUCCAGUUCAGGAUGAAUAGUUUUUUUGAUUUGGUAACCUCAUCACGUGAACAGACGUCCAACCACACAGAUCAUAGCGUUGAUCUCAACAACCUGCACUCUAACAUGAGACGACCAUCCCUUAUUAAACUUCCUCAAUUAUCGUCAAGACUGGUGCACUGACAUCAAAGGGACACAGGCGGCGCGACGCCAUCAUCGAUUUCACGGAACGGACUGGACUGGAAUAUGGCUGGGACGUCAAAGUUUCGGGCGGUUGAUGAUCAUGUGACCGUACUUAUCCGAAUGCGACUUACUGAUCAUAGAUUUGCACACGUCUAUUUUUUGAUGAGCUUGGCAAUGUUAUACACAUUCUUGCUGGUAGUGUAGUGCUUUGUUGUGGUUAUUGGUUCGAUUCUGUUGGAUUUUUAAAAUUCUGUACACGUUUGGUGACCAACACGUUCAUCAAGGUGGCCCGUUCGGGUCAACUGCGAUGGGACAUGGCGAUUUAUUCACGGCUGGACUCUUCGGUUUCAAUCUGUGAUUAAUGCCUUAAGGUCUUCCUCACCACCUACCACAGUCAUAACACCAAGUUGAACAUUCCUGCGGCCCAGACGGAAAUCGAUCCCGCACUAAAAGUCCCAAGCCAGUUCCGUCAAUUCGAUAAGGCCAACUGCAUUUUGUGUCAUUCAAACUUACCCAUGGAACACUUUUGCAUGUUACUCCA